AUGCAACCAUUCAGAGUCCCUAAACCUGAGCCCCAGGAGGUCGAUGUCAUCGUCGCGGGAGGUGGACCCGCGGGUUGCGUGGUCGCCGGCCGUUUGGCCAAAGCGGACCCCAACUUACAGGUCAUGUUAUUGAGUAUGGCCCCAACAACAUCGACGUAUGACCCCAUGGUUUCAACUCCGCCGUCUACCCUCGCAAUAUGCACUAUUGUCCCUUGUGCAAAGGUGCUUGGCGGCGGAAGCUCAAUUAACUUCCAAAUGUACACCCGCGCCUCUGCUCAGACUGGAGCCGAUAUAGAUGACUUCAAGACCGAAGGCUGGAAUUAUCAAGAUCUGUUGCCCCUGAUGAAGCGCCUUGAGAACUAUCAGAAGCCAUGCAACAAUGAUACCCAUGGGUUUGACGGACCUGUUGCAAUUUCCAAUGGUGGAUGGGUUGCGCCUAUUGCCCAAGAUUUCUUGCGCGCUUCGACGGCUGUCGGGAUUCCUUUGACUGACGACCUUCAAGACUGCCAACAAUCACACGCGGCUGAGAUUUGGGCAAAAUGGAUUAAUAAGGAUACCGGGCGUAGAAGCGAUGCUGCAUCCGCAUAUGUUCAUCCCAUAAUGGCAGAACAAAGUAACCUCCACUUGCGCUGCAACUCCAAAGUUGCCCGUGUUAUCUUUGAGGGCAACAAGGCGGUCGGUGUUGCCUAUGUAAACUCUAGGCAAGUUAGCGCUCCAUACCCUGCGACUGUUCCUGACCGACAUCUAUUCCAGGGAUCAUGGUCAAACCAAGACGGUGGAGACUAUCGUAAAAGCUCGCAAGAUGGUGGUUUUGACCUCCGGAACAUUUUGGAACGCUCUGGCAUCGGCGGAAAGGACAUACUUGAUAAAGCUGGCGUCAAGACCCUCGUUGAUCUACCGGGUGUCGGAAAACAAUACCAGGACCAUUACACUACCUUCUCCGUCUUCCGCGCUCGCGCUAGUGAGCCUACUGCUGACGACUGGCUCCGCGGUGACCCCAAAGUACAAGAAGAAUGGAUGCGACUACACGCCGCCACUGGCAAGGGACCCGCGGCAUCUAAUGGUAUUGAUGCUGGAUUCAAAAUCAGGCCCACCGAGGAAGAGUUGAAGGAAAUGGGGCCCGCAUUCCAAAAAGCAUGGGAUUCAUAUUUCAAGGAUAAACCCGAUAAACCAGUCAUGUUCGCCAGUAUUGUCAACGGGUUCUUCGGCGAUCAUACUCUCGUUCCCCCUGGAAAGUAUUUCUCAAUGUUCCAAUAUCUCGAGUAUCCAUUCUCGCGAGGCUCUAUCCAUAUCUCAAGCAGCGAUCCUUAUGCGGACCCCAUCUUUGAUAGUGGUUUCCUUAACCAUGAGGCUGAUGUUGCGCCAAUUAGAUGGUCUUAUAAGAAGGUUCGCGAGGUAGCACGCCGGAUGGACGCGUACCGAGGGGAGCUUACCUCUCUUCACCCCCACUUCCACCCUGACUCACCCGCGGCAUGUGAAGAUGUUGAUCUCCAAACCGCAAAGGAGUACAUGCCUGCUGGCCAACUUACUGUCGGUAUUCACAUGGGCACCUGGUCUAAACCUCGUAAGCCUCUGGCUCCUGGAGAGAGGCGUAUAGUCGAUGAAAUCAAAUAUAGCAAGGAAGAUGACGAAGCUAUCGACAACUGGGUGCGCGACCACGUUGAGACCACAUGGCACAGCCUUGGAACUUGUGCGAUGAAACCACGCGACCAAGAGGGUGUCCUUGAUCCUCGCCUGAAUGUUUAUGGUACAACUAACCUGAAAGUUGGCGACCUCUCUCUCUGCCCCGACAACCUUGGAACCAAUACUUACAGCUCUGCCCUCCUAUGUGGAGAGAAGUGCGCCGAGCUCAUUGCUGAGGAGCUGGGUCUCACAAUCACGAACCCUCAUAUUCCCAUCAUGCGCCGUGCCUCUACCAAGCAACAGCAAGCGCAGAGCACCCAAGCGUCCGGCCAGCAAAUUUGA